AUACCGCCUCCGGUCCUUAAACAUCAAUUGAGUGCCUCUAUACACCCUCGAAAAAACCGUUAAAUCAUUCCAGAAAUAUUAAUAGAGAAGAAACCUCGAAAUACAGAUUUGGUCAUUGUGCCUCGGAUGCGUCAUCGCGACCUCUUUUCUCGAAAACAUACCCCACGAUCCCGCUGGAUAGCUUCAUGACACAUUGAAAUCUUCUUGCUACAUACUAAACCUUCAAUCGUUGCCAGAGGCCUCUGCCGAGAUGGCUACUACUACUGGGGAGAAGAAGAAGAAGCCCAGCAUGAUGCGGUCCAUUAUCGCUGGCGCAACAGCCGGAGCCGUAGAAAUAUCAAUCACAUAUCCCGCCGAAUUCGCAAAGACUCGGACACAACUGAACCAGCGUUUACCAAACAGCAAGAAGCUCCCUUGGCCACCGUUCGGCAAACAAUGGUACGCAGGCUGCACGACGCUGAUAAUCGGGAACUCGCUGAAGGCGGGAAUACGCUUCGUAGCUUUCGACACUUACAAGGCGCUACUCGCCGACGCUGAUGGCAAGGUAUCCGGACCCGCGAACGUAGUAGCAGGAUUUGGCGCCGGAGUUACCGAGUCCCUGCUCGCCGUGACACCUUUUGAGAGCAUAAAGACACAACUAAUCGACGACCGCAAAGCAGCCAAGCCCCGGAUGCGCGGCUUCCUCCACGGCACGCGGAUAAUAGCACAAGAGAAGGGCAUUCGCGGCUUCUUCCAAGGCUUCCUCCCCACCACCGCGCGACAAGCUGCAAACUCCGCGGUGCGCUUCUCCAGCUACACAGCUCUGAAGCAACUCGCGCAAUCAUAUGUCCAGCCAGGAGAGAAGCUGGGGGUGAUCAGCACCUUUGGAAUUGGCGGUAUGGCGGGCGUGAUCACGGUGUAUGCCACUAUGCCACUCGACACUGUUAAGACACGCAUGCAAUCGAUAGAAGCCCGCUCGCUGUACAAGAACAGCUUCAGCUGCGCCGCCAAGAUUUUCAGAGAAGAGGGCCUUCUGACGUUCUGGUCUGGCGCUGUGCCUAGGUUAGGGAGACUGAUACUGAGUGGCGGGAUCGUGUUUACGAUGUACGAGAAAACGAUGGAAUUGUUCGACAAGGUUGACCCAGAGGGCAAAUACAUAUGAUACCAUCCCCCUUUCCAAAUUUCAAACCCAAGGUACGGCCAAGAAAACGUAAUCAAAGUGUUGGAAUAUCAUGUACAAUAGAGACAAGGCGGCCAGCUCCUUUUCUAGCGAUGCCGCAAAUCAAAGCCACAAAUACCACCCCA